AUGGCACCAUCAACACAAAAGGCAUGGACUAUCGAGGGCCAGAAUGGCUUCGAUUCGCUAAAAUACAAUGAAAAAGCCCCUGUUCCUGAAGUUGGUGAGAAGGAUGUCCUCGUCAAGAUCCACUCCGCAUCGCUCAACUACCGCGACCUUGUCAUCCCCAAGGGCAAGUAUCCUUUCCCUCUCGGUGGCACUGUCGUCCCAGGAUCCGAUGGAGCUGGUGUUGUCGAGGCUGUCGGAAAGAGCGUCACACGAUUCCAGCCCGGCGACAAGGUAGUCACGCUCUUCAACCAAGGCCACCAGGCCGGCUCCCUCAACUCCACCACCAUAAAGACAGGCCUGGGUGGUGUCCUCGACGGCACACUCCGCGAGUACGGAGUCUUUGAUGAGACAGGGCUCGUCGCCAUGCCCAAGAAUCUCGAUUUCAACGAAGGCAGCACGCUUCCUUGCGCCGCCCUCACUGCAUGGAAUGCUCUCUACGGCCUCGAGUCCCGCGCCUUGAAACCCGGCCAGUGGGUCCUCACACAGGGUACCGGCGGUGUUUCCAUCUUUGCUCUGCAAUUCGCAAAGGCUGCCGGUGCGGUCGUCAUCGCAACCACCAGUUCGCAGAAGAAGGCCGACCUUCUCAAGAAAUACGGCGCCGACUACGUCAUCAACUACAAGGAGACGCCCAACUGGGGUGAGGAGGCCAAGAAGCUGACUCCCGGUCAAGCCGGUGUCCACCACGUCGUUGAGGUGGGUGGCCCCAAGACCAUGGCUCAAUCGCUCAAGGCCAUUAUGAUCGAUGGUGUCAUCGACAUCAUCGGCUUUAUUGGCGGAGAGGAGAAAAACCAGCCUACUUUCCUCGAGACUUUGUCGAACAUUUGCACUGUGCGUGGUAUCUUCGUUGGCUCAAGGCUGCAGAUGGAGGACAUGUGCGCCGCUAUCGAGGCUAAUGACAUUCAUCCCAUUGUUGAUGAGAAAGUGUUUGAUCUCAAGAAUUUGAAGGAGGCAUAUCAGUACAUGUGGGACCAAAAGCACUUUGGUAAGCUCACCAUCAAGGUAGCACAGUAG